AUGACUUGCGCAUCAACCAAUUUGGCCAUGCGUAUCGAGAUCGCGCUCCACCCAUCCAUCACUCCCCGCAAGCUGCUGGCCACCAAGACCCAAAUCUUCGCCGAGCUUGAGUACCUGCGAGAAAGCUCUGAGUAUUGGAGCAGCCUCAUCUGGACGCUGCGGAUGUUCGAGGCUGUCAUUGCUAGGACGCGACUGGGCCUGACCGAAGCGUCCCCCAACGAGCCUUGCGAAGGAGACGCCGACACCAUAUCCAUCAACGCGCGAGUCAACGCUGCUGACGCCCAGAGUCGGCAAAGCGAGUGCUCGAAUAGUGGGACGUGUGAGGCAUGGGACGAUGCUGCUGAUCUGAAUUUCCCCGUGUCUGAUGAUGUGUUUGGCAUCUUGCCAGUCACGGAUAAUUAUGACUGGCUGCAAAACCUAUUUGGCACGACGGACGUUCUAGACCCGGCAGGCAGUCUCUGA